AUGGCGGGUAUUGGCGUCGAUAAAAACUACCUCGGCUUGUUUGAAAGUCUUGGUUUAAGAAAUUUUACCAACAAGGAGGAAGAGGUUCCAGAACAUUCCAUUGAGCCAGUUAUAUUCCUGCUGUAUCACGUGGGAUUGGGGCUCUACUACCUCCUCGCUGGUUUUGGAUUUUUCGGCAACGCCGCCACAAUUUUCGUCCUGGUCAGACAAGGGUUAAACUCCACAACUGCAAUUUUCCUCUGCUCGCUGUCCGUGUUAGACUUCCUGUUUACAGUGGGUCACCUAACCAAACACUGUUACUUGCUGUAUUUUAGAGAAAACAAAUUGAUACCUUCCAACACACAAACCACUGAGUUUUUCAAAGUGUUAGAUUAUUGUAAUAUAUUUUCCUCCACCUUUAGCUACCACAUAAUAGCUCUAAUCUCUGUUGAACGAUUAUUUGCCGUGUUUUUACCGCUGUACCUUCAUAAACUCAAUACCCCAUAUCGCAUGAAGUGUGUUAUAAUCCUGCUGUUUAUUUACUGCGGUAUUGUUAACUCAUUUGAUAACGAGUACAGUAGACAUUACUUCGACAAAAUGAUCUCCGAUAAAAAAUCUUCUUACCUCAGUUUCGCCAGUGCCAUGACCUUACAGGUGGUGUUUGAUGUCUACAGACUAUGUCUCAUCUCGACCGUCCCACUGACCGUUGUCCUGCUGUGUACGUCAUUGACCAUCUUAAAACUGCUGGUGACGUCACAGAAAUUUAAGAACAUGUCGUCCAGUAUUCUACACCAGAAGUCAGCCAAGGAGAUGAAAGUGGUCAAGCUGUUGUUGACGGUGUGUGUGGUGUUUGUAGCGCUGCUGGUGCCGGCGACUGUGCUGCACACGUAUGUGCACAUCACCUGGCGAUAUAGUCGCGGCAUCCUGCUGGUGCUAGACAUCCUGCACCAGAUGUCGGCCUCGGUCAACUUCAUCAUUUACGUCAAGAUGAACGCCAGAUUUUUCAACACAUUUCGAUGCCACUGUAGGGAAUGUUAA